AUGGCUGCCAACUUUUGGAGCUCCACGCACUACCGGAACUGGCUGAGGAGCGCCGAGGAGUUCAUGUCCCAGUCGCAUGCCGUCAUCAAAAGGGAUCACCCAUUGUUCAAGGAAGAUGAGAUUAACACCAUCAAGAGCAUCUACUCUCAAACCAUCACCACUCUCGCGAAAAACUCAAAGCUGCGCCAACGCGUUGCUGCGACCGCUAUCGUAUAUUUCAAACGCUUCUUCCUCAGGAACGCCAUCCGCGACCAUGACCCACGUCUCAUCGCCCCCGUCGCAUUGUACCUCGCAGCAAAGUCUGAAGAACACCAGAUGCCUGCAAAAAUCGUCGUCGCACAGAUGUUAUCUCUCUAUGUGGGCGACCACCCGUAUCCCUACACCGUUGCGCACGUCUAUGACUACGAGUUCAAGAUGAUAGCCUGCUUGGACUUCGAUCUCAUAAUCUACCAUCCCUAUCGCCCGCUGGUCCAGUAUUGUGCCGAUGCGAACAUGACUGAUUUGCUCACCUCCGCCUGGCCAAUACUCAAUGACUCUUACCGCACGGACGCAUGUUUGCGGUACCCGCCUUACCUCAUCGCAGUCGCGUGCAUUUUCAUCGCCGGCACGCUGCAGGACCGUGAUAUGAAGGAGUGGUUGCAGAAACUCGGUAUCGACUUGCAGGAACUCGGCGACGUUACCCAAUAUCUUUCCACUCUUUACGUGAAUCCCAAUCCGGUGCGGGCGACAGGUUCACAUGUUGAGAUUAUCAACAACAAGCUCCACUCUCACUUCGGGUCGAAAAUCCAAAGCGUUCCUGCCGUUGUGUCCAAGAAGCCACCAUCUUCGAGUCGACCAAAACUCCCGUCUCGUGCUGUAGACUAGACACGCAUUUUUUUGAACAUAGGCAUUGUCAAUACAAUCAUCGCCGGCUAACGGCAACCUGAAGAACUUUUCCUUUAUGUACAGCACCACAACACGAGAGUCUAUUCGGCGGAGCGGCAUGUGUUCGAACAGAAAUAAAACGCAAGUACAUAGACCA